AUGGCCCCCAUCGAAAUCGUCGCAAUGGCAGUAGCCAAGCCCGGCAAAGCAGACAGGCUCCAAGAGGUCCUCGAAGCGUCGGCACAAUGGGUGCGCAGAACCGAACCUGGGGCGCUGCGCUACCUAAUCCAACGCCAAGUAAAUGCCAAAGAUCAGCCUACUUUUGUAGUCUUGGAGACGUACGAAGACCAAGCGGCCUUGGAAUUCCAUGCCAAGAGUGAGUCGGUUGUUGAGACACGCAGGUUACUGGAGAGCGAGGAUUUGCUGAGCGAGCCGUUAAAGAUUAUGCUUACCAAGGACGUUGGGGGCUAUGCUAGCAAGUUGUAG